GUCCCUGUCAGGUGCCCGCUGCCGGCAGGUUCGGCUGCGCCGGCGGAGAGAGGCGGAUCGGGAUGAGUGGGUCUCCUGGUGGGAAUGUGGUCAUUGACGGCCAGUGAGAUUGAGAGUGCCACGCCCCGCUUCUUUGUUGGAGCUGGGGAUGAGGGGCUGGGCACCCAGGGAGCAGGCAUGAGCAUGGAAGAGAGUGAGAGUGAGCUCCUCGAAGAUGAGGAAGAUGAAGUGCCCCUCCGAGCGCAGAUUAUCGUUGGCAUUUGUGCCAUGACCAAGAAGUCCAAGUCCAAACCAAUGACCCAGAUCCUAGAACGACUAUGGCGCUUUGACUACCUAACUGUGAUUAUUCUGGGUGAGGAUGUUAUCCUCAACGAGCCUGUGGAGAACUGGCCACCUUGCCACUGCCUCAUCUCUUUCCACUCCAAAGGCUUCCCGCUGGACAAAGCUGUUGCUUAUGCUAAGCUUCGAAAUCCCUUCCUCAUCAAUGAUCUGACAAUGCAGUAUUAUAUCCAGGACAGGCGGGAAGUAUAUCGAAUCCUGCAAGAGGAGGGUAUUGAUCUGCCUCGAUAUGCUGUGCUUAAUCGUGACCCUGCCCGGCCAGAGGAGUGCAACCUGAUAGAGGGUGAGGACCAGGUGGAGGUGAAUGGAGCUGUGUUUCCCAAACCAUUUGUGGAGAAGCCAGUGAGUGCUGAGGAUCACAACGUCUACAUCUACUAUCCCAGCACAGCUGGUGGGGGGAGCCAGCGCCUCUUUCGUAAGAUUGGCAGCCGAAGCAGUGUCUACUCCCCUGAGAGCAGUGUCCGAAAGACUGGAUCUUACAUCUAUGAGGAAUUCAUGCCCACAGAUGGCACUGAUGUCAAGGUGUAUACAGUGGGGCCUGAUUAUGCCCAUGCUGAAGCCCGAAAGUCUCCAGCAUUAGAUGGAAAGGUGGAAAGGGACAGCGAAGGGAAGGAGAUUCGAUACCCAGUCAUGCUGACUGCCAUGGAGAAACUAGUGGCCAGGAAAGUUUGUGUUGCUUUCAAGCAAACAGUCUGUGGGUUUGACCUUCUCCGUGCCAAUGGUCACUCCUUUGUCUGUGAUGUCAAUGGCUUCAGCUUUGUCAAGAACUCAAUGAAAUACUAUGAUGACUGUGCCAAGAUCUUGGGGAAUACCAUAAUGCGGGAGCUUGCCCCCCAGUUUCAGAUUCCAUGGUCCAUUCCCACAGAGGCUGAAGACAUUCCCAUUGUCCCCACUACAUCUGGUACCAUGAUGGAACUCCGCUGUGUCAUUGCCAUCAUCCGUCAUGGGGAUCGAACUCCCAAACAGAAGAUGAAGAUGGAAGUUACACACCCCAGGUUCUUUGCGCUGUUUGAGAAACAUGGUGGCUACAAAACUGGGAAACUGAAACUGAAAAGGCCAGAGCAGCUGCAGGAGGUGCUGGACAUCACUCGGCUGUUGUUGGGAGAGCUGGAAAAGGAUCCUGGUGGCGAAAUUGAAGAGAAGACAGAAAAGCUGGAACAACUGAAGACUGUGUUGGAGAUGUAUGGUCACUUCUCAGGCAUCAAUAGGAAGGUACAGCUGACUUACUACCCCCAUGGAACCAGGGUCUCUAAUGAGGAGCAAGAUCAACAGCCCGAGACCCAGGCCCCAUCUCUGCUGCUUGUGUUAAAGUGGGGUGGAGAGCUGACGCCUGCUGGCCGGGUCCAGGCUGAGGAGCUGGGACGAGCUUUUCGCUGCAUGUACCCGGGGGGCCAGGGGGACUAUGCUGGCUUCCCUGGUUGUGGGCUUCUACGUCUCCAUAGCACUUACCGCCAUGACCUCAAGAUCUAUGCUUCAGAUGAGGGUCGUGUACAGAUGACGGCUGCAGCCUUUGCCAAGGGAUUACUGGCACUGGAAGGGGAGCUGACACCUAUCCUGGUACAAAUGGUGAAGAGUGCCAACAUGAAUGGGCUUCUGGACAGUGAUGGUGACUCUUUGAGCAGCUGCCAACACCGUGUAAAGGCACGACUACAUCACAUUCUACAACAGGAUACACCCUUUGGCCCUGGAGAUUAUGAGCAGCUGGCCCCUACCGGCAGCCUCUCAUUGCUCAACUCAAUGGCCAUAAUUCAGAAUCCUGUGGAGAUCUGUAACCAGGUAUUUGGCCUGAUUGAGAAUCUCACACACCAGAUCCGGGAACGGAUGCAAGACCCCAAGUCGGCAGACCUGCAGUUGUAUCACAGUGAGACUCUGGAGUUGAUGCUGCAGCGCUGGAGCAAGCUGGAACGUGACUUUCGGCAGAAAAGUGGACGCUUCGAUAUCAGCAAAAUUCCUGACAUUUAUGAUUGUGUCAAGUAUGAUGUGCAGCACAAUGGGAGCCUGGGGCUCCAGGGGACAGCAGAGCUGUUGCGACUCUCCAAGGCACUGGCUGAUGUGGUCAUUCCUCAGGAGUAUGGGAUCAGUCGGGAGGAGAAACUGGAGAUUGCUGUGGGCUUUUGUCUCCCAUUGCUGAGGAAGAUUCAGCUUGAUCUACAGCGAACCCAUGAGGACGAGUCUGUCAACAAGCUGCACCCCCUGUAUUCCAGAGGAGUGCUCUCACCUGGCCGCCAUGUCCGCACGCGUCUCUACUUCACCAGUGAGAGCCACGUCCAUUCCCUGCUCAGCGUCUUCCGUUAUGGAGGGCUGCUCGAUGAAUCUCAGGAUGUGCAGUGGCAGAGGGCUCUGGCUUAUCUCAGCGCCAUCUCAGAACUCAACUACAUGACUCAGAUUGUCAUCAUGCUAUACGAAGACAACACCCAGGAUCCCUCAUCAGAGGAGCGAUUCCAUGUGGAGCUGCACUUCAGCCCUGGAGUGAAAGGUGUUGAAGAAGACGGCAGUGCCCCCACUGGCUGUGGCUUCCGCCCAGCCUCUUCAGAGAAUGAGGAGCUGCAGUCAGACAAGGGCAGUAUGGAAGACCUGUGCCGGAGCAGGGGUCGAGAUGAGCCAGAUCGGGUGUUGCAGACAUCACCCCAGCCUCCUGAGAUCCCUGGUCUCCCAAGAAGAUCACCACUCAUCCGCAACCGUAAAGCUGGCUCUAUGGAGGUGUUGUCUGAGACUUCAUCCUCAAGACCUGCUAGUUACCGUCUAUUCCAGUCUUCACGUCCCCCUACGGAAAUGAAGCAAAGUGGCCUGGGCUCACAGUGCACAGGGCUGUUCAGCACCACAGUGCUGGGUGGCUCAUCAAGUGCCCCGAAUCUCCAGGACUACGCUCGCAGCCAUGGCAAAAAACUCCCACCUGCCAGCCUGAUGCACCGAGAUGAGUUCUUGUCUGUCCCGGCUGUAAAGCGAUUUUCUGUGUCGUUUGCAAAGCAUCCGACUAACGAGCUGCUGGAUGACCAGCACCCUGUGGUCCAGCUGCUGCGCAGUUUCUCCGACUGCCCAGGGGGCUGGCCAAUCUCCCUGGAUGCCACGCUGGCGCAUCACCUGCACCAGUGCUCCUACCACCUUCGCCUCUUCCGGAACUGGCUACGCUCAGGCCAGGAUGAUCCCGAGUGCCUCUACGGAUUUGAAGGUUGUUCCAUGGUGCCCACUAUCUAUCCACUGGAGACUCUGCAUAAUGCCCUCUCCCUUCGCCAAGUGAAUGAAUUUCUGAGUUCAGUCUGCCAACGGCACACAGAUGCCCAAGUAUCUGCAGCUCUGUUUGAUUCCAUGCACAGCAACCAGGCUCCUGGGGGCCCAUUUGCUCCACCCCAGACCCUUCACUCACCCCCUUUGCAGCUCCGGCAGCGCUCUGAGAAGCCCCCAUGGUAUAGCAGUGGUCCCUCCAGCACUGUGUCUAGUGCUGGGCCCUCUUCCCCUACUUCAGUAGAUGGUGGCUCCAAUUUUGGCUUCAGUGACCAUCCAAACCUGAGUUCUCAAGUGAGUGAGGAGCAUCAAAGUCAUGGGCAGUCUCAGGAGAUUCCUGAGGAUGGGGGUGAGAAGACUGCAGAGAUGGGAAAAGGGUCCUCUAAAACCAUCCAGCCAUCUCAGGAAAUGCCUGCAGAGGGUGGCCUGCUGCUGUUCCAGGAAGCCCGUGAAGAGGUAGACCAGGCAUCCCAAGAGGUUCCGGUGAAAGUUGAGCAGCUGACUCAGGCAGCCUCUGAGAUCAACCAGCUAUCUCAGGAGGGCUCUAUCCAGGUUGAUCAGCCCUCUCAAGAGAUAACUGUGAAUGUUGACCCACUUUCAAAGGAAGCCCCUGGAACUGGCCUCAUGUCCCAGAAGGUUCCUGAGGAGGUUGACCACCCAAACCAGGGGGCUAGUGAGGAGGUUGACCAGCCAACCCAAGAGGCUGAUAAGGAGGUUGACCAGUCCACUCAGGAGGUUGAUGAGGAGGUUGACCAGCAAACCCAAGAAAGUAGUAAGGAGGUUGAUCAGCUUUCCCAGGAGGCUCCUGAGAAGGUUGACUUGCUAUCUCAAGCCAUUCUUGAAGAGAUUGUCCAGCCAACCCAGGAGGGUGCUAAGGAGGUUGGUCAGCUAUUGGGAAAGAAUGUUCUUCAAGACCAGCUUGUGUCUAGUGACCCAGACCCUUUAGACCAAUCCCUGACCCUCAGCCAGCAGCCUCCCUUCCCACCAGCACCACAUGACUAAGCACUUUGCCAUUAGUGGUCACAUUGUACCAGUCAUUUAAACCAGCAGCAAUUCUGCUGGCCACCUCGCCUGCCAGUUACAGGCCUUGGCUCCAACCAGAGGGUUCUGAAGAAGCCACCUCUCCCCUGAUGAGGAGGUGUAUCCCAGCAAGAGUUGAGAUGGGGUGGAGCCAACUACUAAGGGUCCCUUAGGUCUGGUUGCCUAAUUAAUGUCUUCAACUCCUCAGAAUAGGUCAGAGGGUUCCAGGUAACUGGGAGUUGAAUGAAAUGUCCUUUUGUUGCUAACGACCAUUGAGGACUAGCACAGAUCAGGGAAGGGAUCCCAAGUGAGGGCCCUGGGUUCUGGCUAAUGCCCUAGCAGAGGGUGAAUAACCUCACAAGGUCCCUUGGGCCCCAUGGGCAUUCAAGAGGUCUACCCAGGUUUAGGAUGGCCAAUCAAAUUGGGAGAGGAAAAGAGGAUUCCAUUCUCCAAUUAACCAUCCUGGGUGGCCAAAGAUAUUGAAAUUGGGCUAAAGAUAUUCCCAUAUUAUCCCCAAGUGCCCCCCUCCUAUCCACCUGGACAACAGCUCUGGCAUAGGAUGGGUAUCAAACUGCUCUAAAGAUUUGAGUAACCACUUAAAGCUGCUUUAGGGGUAUCUUGCCUUCAGGGGACCCUUGGCCAACUGCUGAGGGUAUCUUGGCUCAGUGUGGGGAGGGAAUCUAUAAUGGAGAAAAUCAGGUUUUAUUUUAAGCAAUUAGAAGAGAUCACUAUUGUACAGACAGGAGCAAAGAUUUAAUAUAUAUAUAUAUAUGUGUGUGUGUGUGUGUGUGUGUGUGUGUAUAUAUAUAUUAAAUAUAUAUAUAUAUAUAUUUCUGUAGUGUGGCCAGGGCUGCGCCCACCAGGGACCAAGCACUCCAGGAUCCCUGUGAGGCUUGUCCUUGCUUCUCGGGUCAGGUGUGAUUGUGAAGCUUUUCCCAAAGAUGGUGGGGGGUGGGGGGAGGGAAGGGAGAUACAGUUAUUUGGCUGAAGGCAGGAACAUUGUGAGUGCUCAAUAAAUAUGAAAUAAUGACUGGUUGUGGGUUCUGUGUGAGCAUGAGACCAUGUGUAGUUGGGUGAAUGAUAACUAGUACAAGAUUGAGUGUCAUUGAACAUUUGGAUAGGAAUGUAGUAGGAAGCAAAUGGAGGCCAACUAUUCUAGGAGAUCCCUGUGAACCAGCUGACCUGGUGAAGCCUUGAGGAGUUUGGGAUGUGGGGGUCACAGAAGGCAAGUGUAGCUGUCUGAGUCCAUUUUCUUACAGUUUCUACAGUUUCUUACUAGACUAGUCAUUCAGCUCUAGAUCACCAGGUCUUAGUGCCUUCUUUGCCACUUUUAUAUUAAUUUACUGCUGCUUCUCUCCUAUGACCUGAUAUACCCAUACCCAUCAUAGCUUCAUUGGAUUGGCCUCCCUUCACUAUAAUCCGGAGUGAAUUUUCAUGGGAUCUGAAUCCUAGGAGAUUCUGGGUCUUACAGGAAGUGAGGGGCCCAACAAAUUAGGCCAUAAUCCUAGUUCAUUUUUUUUUUUUUGCGGGGCAAUGGGGGUUAAGUGACUUGCCCAGGGUCACAGAGCUAGUAAGUGUCAAGUGUCUGAGGAUUUGAACUCAGGUAGUGCUUUAUCCACUGCGCCACCUAGCAACCCCUUAAUUCUCCCUCCUGCCUCAUACUACCUUUUUUUUUUAGUGAGGCAAUUAGGGUUAAGUGACUUGCCCAGGGUCACACAGCUAGUAAGUGUUAAGUGUCUGAGGCUGGAUUUGAACUCGGGUACUCCUGAUUCCAGUGCUCUAUCCACUGUGCCAUCUAGCUGCCCCUAUCCUAGUUCAUUUUUAAUGAUCAGUCCCUUCAUUCUUUGGACUCUAAAUCCCUUUAUCAGUAAUCCUCCCCAAGGUGUGUCACUGACUCUUUUUCCCUGCCCAUAAGCUCUUGUUUUCUGUGCUUAAGCUUUUCUACCUGUUCUCAGAAACCAGCCUAGUGAAGUACAGGGACAUCCUAUUCCUCCCCUAACACAUACAUGGUCUUUUGGAGGCUUCUGGCCACUCCCUCCUUUGAAGCUACAGUCCCCUUGGGAGAAGGGGAAGUGGUGGGAGGAGCAGAGAGGGAGAAAGUGGGGUCCACAGAACAAGCAGUAUGGUGAAGUCAACAAGAUCCUGGCCAGCCCAGCGGGUUAACUGCCACAAAGUUGGUUUAUUGUUAAUGUUCGAGGUGGCUCCUUUACAACAGUGGGAAGAUGAGUGUGUGAGGGGCCAGGGGAAGGAAGAUUGGACAGGGAUGAAGAGCAGAGCAGCAAGGUGAGGGAGCAGGGAAAAUAACUUAUUUUGGUUUCUUCCCUUCAGGAUAGGAGCUGAGCCCAUUCAAUUAACUAUGUCAGGGUCUGGGCCUCACAAUCCCGCAGCAGACUGGCAGGGCAACACAUGGACUUUCGGGGGGUGUGAGGGUGGGGCGGCAAGUCCCUUGGUCUAAGGUGCCAUGGUCAGCCUGUUUUGAUCCUGCAGGGAUGAGCUGUGGUUUAGCUCCGCCUCCUCUCCUGCACUCCCCAUCUUCCCCAUCCCACUCUUCUCUGCUAUGGCUUCCACCUCCCAGCUCUGAUUUCGGAGAACUCUGGGCUAGGGAGGAAGUAGGGAUCCCCAU